AGGCGAAAAUCAAGACGAAAGCAGCUCUCCCAUAAUGGCGUCAAAAAAAUUGGUUAAACCGAAGAAGCAGGAUGAAAAAAACAUCUGCCCCAUUGACUACAAAAAUGAGAAGCCCGGACCUUCGGUAAAUUGCAAAUUGCAAGGGGAAAGCAGCUCUUCCAAAAUGGCGGCAAAGAAAUUGGACAAACCGAAGAAGCGGGAUGAAAAGCGCAAUGAGUUAAUCUGCCCCAUUGAGUACAAAAAUGAGAUGCCCGGACCUGCGAUAGAUUGCAAAUUUAUGCCCUGCGGCAAGGAUAUUCUGGAGUACACUGAGCAGCCCAUUUCGUUUCCCCACCUGGAGUUUGCCUUUUUGCAGAAUAUAGGACUUCAAACGCUCAUGGGCUUGGAUUCGUUGGAUCUGAGCGCUUUUGAUGGACCAAUGGAUCCCGAGGAGGAAGCAGACUUAGAGGCUCAGGCAAUCCGCAAUAAGGAGCAAAUGGAUCCCGAAACUGCAGCUCUUAUUGCCGAUAUAGACGCUGCGAUUGCUCGUUACAGUAAGCGCCCAGAUGUUGGCCAAGAAGCGUCCCCAGGCGCCUCAACCUCGCGUGGGGCUAAGGCGUCCGGUGCAGGAACUUCCAGUUCCAAAAAGCCUGAAAAAAAAUAG